CAGGCCGAAGAGUCUGGCAUAGGUAGACAGUACCUGUGUAUGUGGACCUGGGGUCUGACCUGACCAUAACAACAGUAAACAGCGUCCACCACCCACAAAGGGUCAGUGAUCAGCCGCAGCAUCGAUUCAAGCCCAACCGACAUCAAGAAGCAGUAUAUCCAUGAGUCAGAAUUUUCAGUGUAUGAAUAGUCAUAUCCCAGGCCUUAUGAAGACUACCAGGAUCUACCAUUUGAAAAAUGUUCAUCAUAUCAAUGGAAAAAAAAGUGUGCUGAAGGAUGAGGGAGGGCUGAACGGUCGCUGCGACAUGACCUCUGCAAAACGGAUCAUUGUGAGUAGGCCUUCAUCAAGGCCUGUUGAAUGCUGGCUGGGGGGAAAUAGCAUCAUGAUCAUGACUCCAGAAUCGAUUCUAAGGAGUGGCGUGCGGUCAAUGGCAGAGCAUUCCCGGAUCAUCUUGUCGCGAUCGACACCUCCGUUGAAGCGUUUGCCUCCAUCAUGGCAGUUUUGCUUGAAGGGUAACCUGAGCAAGGAUGCGAGUAUGGAAGGGAAGGAAACCUUUUUGAAAGUCGUGGCGGGAUAUUUAGUGUGUGUAUCACGUGACUGUACCGCUUACAGGGAACGGCAUUUCAUUGGCUGGCGGGACUGACGAUAUUCGAUUGAAGCAUUGCACUGUAACUAUCUUACUAGUAGUACUGCGUAGUGCUAGGUAGCUCCUUGAAGGUUGACCCUAGGAGCUCAUACUGGCAA